AUGGAUUUGCGCACCAUCAUGAAUACCGACGCUGGCGGCGCAUCCAAAGCCAACGCACCACCGUCCAACCAGUCGUCAAGUCCUGCCUCCGAUCCAUCCAGUAAACAGCGCGCUCAAUCGGCCUAUUCUGAUUAUCCACCACGUCCUCCACAGCCUCCAUUGCAACAUCCAUCCCAUGCCUCACCCGAACGAUCCUCGCCCUAUGGGCCUACCCAAUCGCCAUAUCAGCAGUUCAACACGGGACCUCAUCCGAUCAAUACAGCAGUACAAUCUCAAAGAAGUCAAAGCCCUACGCACGUCUCCACUCCCUAUAGCUCCGGGGCGCGUGACCCAUAUGGUGCAUCGGCAUACCAUCCACAUCCUCAACACCCCGCGGGCCCCUUGGCCUCACCAUAUACACCGCAACCUAUGAGCGCAGGGGUCCAACACUCUGAGCCGGCAUCAUAUUUUGCUCAACAACGCUCCCAUUCUCUUCACAGUGUUAUGACCAACCCGCGUCCGAUCACCCGAGACAGUCCGCCUUCCGUCCCCCAGCCUCACCCAUCGCAUCAAUUCUCUCCCUCCGCCCACCAGUCGGUCCCGGGUACACAUUUAGGCCCUCCACCUGCCUUCAUCUCGCGUCAAUCUCCUUCCUCUACCCGUCCUCAAUCCUCUGGUCACGAUUCUUCCCGAAACCCUCUAUCCAGUCCCCAAACUAUUCAAGACGUCCAAUCACGAAAUAAUACACAAUUGGCAUCACCAUCAAGACAACGUCAAUUCUCUUCCCAGUCACGCCCGAUUGAUCCUCCACCUCCUCUCUCUUCCACAGGAGUGAAGCAAGAGCAAACAGAGAUUGCAAGUCCUGAAUUUUCUCGACAAAACAGCACCGCGGCAAACUCUGAUUCGGCCGGGCCUGGUCCGCUUCGCUCGUCUGAGGACAAGUGGAACGAGAGUCCCACAGCACUAUUUCAUUCUGGACCGGGGUCAGAUUCACGCGCCUCACCUGUUGCAACAGCCCACACGCAGAUAAACAGCUCGCCAUCCGCCUCACGCAGCGGUUCCCAAUUCAAGAUGGAGAUUGACCACGAGCCAAGUCAGCAUAUGACGAGCCAGCCACCCAAACCGAAAAGAAGGCGAUACAACGAGCCUCCUAUUUAUGCCCAGCGAAGCGCGCGCACGAAAGGCAGAUGCCCGGUCAUCCCAAACCCUUUACCCCCUAUUCCGAAACAUGCCAGGCAAUCAUACGAAGCGCAACAACUGAGUCGUCGGACUUCCUCUGCAACCGGACCUGUAGCCGCAGCCGUCACUCCUACCUCUGUUCGAACACCAGCUGCAGCACCACCAAGCAACAACGGUCCUCCCACACCAGCUGCGCCUCCAGCCCCAACUGCAGCUGCGGUAACUGCGCCGAGCACCAACAACACCAGCAACAAGCCGGUUGGAAUUUUGGGACCGUGGGAGCCAUCCAUCACUGGAUUUAUUCCUCACGAAGAAAUUACGAAGCUCCUCUGCGAUUUUCUGUUUCAACAUGUGGUGAUGAGGAACGACGUGGCAGCUGGGCCAGCGGGCUCUGCGGCCGCUGGGCAAGGUGCGAUCAUCGAGAUUGAAGGGAAAUUGGGACAUGUCAUGGACAUGGAUAGAGGAGAGAGGUUGAAUUUGCCGAUUCUUACUGAAACCGUCGUCAACCGAGACAUUCCACGAUUCCGAACAUCUUUCGAAAGCAGCAUGACCGUUGAACAACAUCGUGCCAUGAAUAACUUCCUAAAUAACGCCGUCAAAGCAUCCAUGCCCGGUCCCAAUUCCACUCGUGUCCCGAUUUCCUACGCACACAAAAAGGAGCGUGAUACCUUUUACGAGGUGUCACCCGCCGAUCUGCCUCCCGUCAUUCGUCAGAACCUGAACCCUCGUCACAAACCAAAAGUUCGGGUGACAACCGAUCAACGGACUGGCGAAGUGCUUGCAAAGAUCGUGAAAUGCCGUGUCGCGGAUAUUGACGUGUGUAGCCCACGCACCACAGUCGACUGGCGCGUGAGUGUGAACCUAGAAAUGGAGUACGAAGGCGAUCAUCGCAACUUGCCCUUGGUGGACACAUCCAAAGGAGGUCGUGGCGAGCGAAACAAGGACCGCAUGAGCUACCGACACUUGGCUUACCAGGUGGAUUUGACGCAGGUAGCCAAAGCUGAGCCUUCGACGAAAAACGAGUUCGAACACGAGCUCGAAAUCGAAGUAUCCGCUGCUGAAAUUCGCCGACAAGGUCAACUCGCGAUGAGCGGGGAUCCCACGAAUCAAUAUGAGGAAUUGAUUAAGGGUUUUGUGGAUAAUAUUCGCGUGCUAGCUCGGGCGGUGCCACCUUGA